AUGCCGUUUAAUCUUAUGAUAGAUGAUUGUGGUCUAGUAGAUUUCCCUAACCAUGGCAAUACACUAUCAUGGAGAGGGAGGAGAUGGGGCAAAAUAGUACGGUGUCCGUUGGAUAGGGCGUUAGCCACAGAGGAGUGGCAUGACGUUUUCCCAAAAUCACAUGUCGAACAUUUAAAAAUGGUGGGAUCGGAUCAUAGGCCUAUUUUGGCCGCCAUCGAUAACAAAAUCCUGAAGGGGCGUCGGCAGUUUCGGUUUGAUAAACGGUGGCUCGGACAAGACGGGUUUACAGAAGCUUUAGAGAGCGGCUGGACACAAAAACGGAACGAUGGGGAGGCAAAAAUAGUUGAUAUGAUCAGUGGUUGUCGCCAUGCAAUCUCCCGAUGGAGGCAUGAUAACAAACCUUAUGGUAAGGAAAAGAUUGCGGAAUUACAGAAACUACUGGAGGAAGUCCAAAACGACGAUUUUCGGACGCAAGAGGAGCUUCUAGAAAUUACACAAAAGCUGAAGGAGGCUUAUAGAGAUGAAGAACAAUACUGGAAACAAAAGAGUCGUAAUAUGUGGCUAAAAGAUGGGGAUUUAAACACAAAAUUUUAUCAUGCAACAACGAAGCAGAGACGGGCGAUAAAUAGGAUGGUGGGUUUACAUAAUAAAACAGAUACUUGGGUUACAGGGGACAAAGAGAUGGAGAAAGUGGCGGUUGAUUAUUUCUCGGAAUUAUUCACAACCACUUCACCAGAUGGUUUCUCGGAAAUUCUGGAGGGAAUCACGGGACAAAUUACAGAUACGGAUAAUAUUUUGUUGACAAAACCCGCGACAGAAGAGGAAGUACGAUCAGCGCUGUUUUUGAUGCACCCGGAGAAAGCACCGGGACCGGAUGGGAUGACGGCUUUGUUUUUCCAACGGUCAUGGCCUAUAAUUAAAAUGGAUAUACUCCGUUUCAUAAAUGAUUUUUUAGCUUCGGGAUGUUUUGAUAAGAGGCUUAAUAUGACGAACAUAUGUUUGAUCCCUAAGACCGAGAGACCAACCCGUGCUCUCCCAGCUGAUUUCCGAGACUCAGUCGGCAUUUGUCCCAGGAGACUUAUUUCGGAUAAUAUUUUGAUAGCACAGGAGAUGUUCCACGGGUUACGGACAAAUAAGUCAUGUAAAGGGAAGUUUAUGGCGGUUAAAACGGAUAUGAGUAAAGCAUAUGAUAGGGUGGAAUGGCAGUUUGUUGAGGCUACUAUGCGAAAAAUGGGGAUUUCUAUCUCAGUAUGGUAUGAUCCAUGGAUUUCUGACUCUCGCCCGAGGUCAGCUAUAUGCAAGGGAAUUAAUUACUAUCCUCAUCUAAUGGUGAAUCAGCUGAUUAAUUCUCAGACAUCAACGUGGAAUCUCCCACUAUUACACCAACUGUUCGAAAGUACAGAAAUUGCUCGCAUUACGGGUAUUACAAUUGCAACGGGGUACAGAAAAGACACUUGUGGGUGGCUUUUCACCAAAUCGGGGCGAUAUACGGUUAAGUCAGGCUAUAGGGUUCUACAGGAGCUUGCGGAUGAAGAUGUGAUACCGGUAUUUGGGCCAGAUGUCCGUCGACUGCAAGCACAGUCAUGGAAAGUUAAAUGCACUACAAAGCUUCAACAUUUCAUUUGGCAGAUUAUCUCGGGAUGUUUAUCGGUUGGUGCACGGUUAUGCAGUAGGGGGAUGCGUGUGGAUCCCCUAUGUGUGCGAUGUGGUAUGGGAGAUGAAACAAUUAAUCAUAUGUUGUUUGAAUGCCCACCAGCCCGCCAGGCCUGGGCUCUAUCCCCUAUCCCAACGCCACUACAGUCCUUUCCUACGGAUGCACUUUUCUCUAAUAUGGCACACCUCUUUUGGGGUCUUCCAAAGGAUGAUGAUAUGCUCAUAUUUCCUUGGUUAUUAUGGUUCAUUUGGAAAGCACGUAAUUAUAAAGUCUUUUCAAAUGAUGACCAUGAUCCGGGAGAUGUUCUGGAAUCAGCGAUAACAGAAGCACGUGCAUGGGCUACUGCACAAACGGGAGAAAUAAUUGGACCAAUGGCUAGGGUCUCAUAUCCACGGACUGAGAUCGAGGGUGAAUGGUGCCAAAUAGAUGGAGCAUGGAAGGACACAGAGUGUCGAGCGGGUCUUGGUUGGUAUAACUUUGAUCCCGCGUCGGGUUCAAUCUUGGUGGGCUCAUGUAAUUUACGGCGAGGUUUAUCACCUCUGCAGACAGAAUUGGAAGCAUUAGUUUGGGCUAUUCAAAGUAUGCUAGCCCACAACAAAAGGCAAAUGAAUUUUCAAACAGAUUGUUCAGAGUUGGUAACCAUGGUGUCAAAACCUCCGGACUGGCCGGCUUUUGCGAUUUUGCUUGAAGAGGUGGAGAAGUGCAAAAGGAGCUUCCAGAUGUUUUCUCUAACUCAUAUACCAAGGACGAAGAACACGAAGGCGGACAAGCUAGCACGGAGUGCUCGAGAUCAGCCUUAUCACGUGUAUUAUGUAAACACAGUUCCACCGGUCACGCUUCCCGUGUCGAAUUAG